CAAAAGUUGACAAUAUUUUGAUCGGAAAUAUUAAUAAAUAAAAGAAAAUGUUCAAAAUACAUCCAAAUAAGUCAACGAAAAAGGUGUCCUUGAUAUAAAAAGGUCCCUUUGAAUCAACCUACAAGUUGCAGAUGAAAAUGGCGAUGGCUAGUCUUUGCUAGGAUCGCAAUUCGGCAUCGACAUGUCUUCCGAAGCAAAAAUAUAUUCUGUUGGAGCCCAAAUGGCAAAAAUAAAAGCGUAUUAACGGCUGAAAACCUUGGAUUUGGAGAUCCCAGAAGGUGCCCCUGAUCUUGUGCCAUCUUCACCAGAUAAUGUGGACUUAGACAGAUUGAAGAAGGAUAUCCCGAAAUUUCUAAACAACUCCAGAGUCAUUUCUACUGAACAAAAGGAGUGGUGGGACACCUUCUUUGCAGAUGCUUUGGAAACAUACCAAGUCUCUCCGGAGAAGCGUUCCUUGUGUCUGCUAGACGAAGUAAAGAUCUUAAAGGCUUGUUCUUCAAACACAAUGGCAACACCACAUGCUUUGUCAUCCUUGACCGUGCUUGCAGAAACCCAUGUCAGAUGCCACAGAAAAGGCAGCUGAGCUUGUCAAUGCUCAGUUUAAUGAGAUUCCAGAGGUUUACACUGGCCCUUAUGUGAGACCAAAAACAGUCUCAGAAGUUGAUAACCUGUGGCAGUUUGUGACAGUUGGGGUAUUUGUGGCAGUAAACCUUGAAAAUUAUGAAAAGGUACCCGUCAUUGGCAAAGUUGUUGAAAAAGAUGAAGAUAAUGUCAAGGUGCACUACUGGAAAGGUUCUUGGAACAAGAAAUGGACUCCUUGGUUGUACAAUAAUUUGCCUUGGAUUGAUGAGCUGCCAAAGGACUGUAUAUAUUUAGCAUCAUUUGAACUUGAUGAAAACGAUAAACUGCAGAAGGAUACUAAGCAAAGUAUUAGAGAAUUUUUCAACAAAGACAAAACUAAUUAAAAAUUUUAAAGUGAUAAUGCAAAGA